CAGCACCCAUCAUCCUGUGUGUUUGGUUUGACCUGGGUUUUAGGGUUUGGACCUAGGGAGCUGGACGCUGGAGCUUCCCCAAAAUCCAGGGAUCAAAAUCUUUGUUUGUGGAGCUCAUAGUCAUACUUCAACCAAAAUCAGGAAUACUUUCCUUCCAAAUCUUCAGCGAGAUCAGAGUCUUUGAAAGUUCCAUCGUGGAUUAUGUGGCACUUUCUGGCUUGAUGACUCGCCGCAUGUAAAUCGAGGAUAGGCCUACUUUUCUUGUUUGACAUGGUUGGAUUCGUCAGGCAAUUUUAACCCUCUUCUUGGAAUUAGGAUGCCCUAGAUCAAGGAUAUACAUACACUGGAUUUAUCACAGCCUACCCUAAGGAAUUAUUUGUUGACCAGAGCCUUUACAGACUUCCAGCAAAAUGGAAACGUGUUCAGAUAUAUAUGGUGCUAAACGUCAACGGCAGUGGACCUGUCGUUUACGCCAGCCAUGCGGGGGUGGUUUCCUCCCGGUGCCCGUGUGGAGUGUGCUCACAGUUGCUGUUUUGAUACUCUCUUCAUGUCAUAUGGGAAGGACUGAAAAGGAUCCUCUUUCAUUAUUUCAGGAUCUAUCUCGAGGGGCUUCCCAGGACCUACAAUUUGAAGAUUAUGAAAUAGCUCAUCCAGUUCAAGUGGAUUCUUCAGGGGUCUACCUCACACAUCAUUUAAAACCAGUGAGGAGAAAAAGGAGUAUAGACAUUGAAGACAUUGAGAGGACAAAUACAAAUAUUUUAUCAUCACCAAACUUUACAGACUCGACAGAGCGGAAAAGUAAAAGUAAAAGUAGGCUUCAAGAUUCAAGUGCCAGCAAAGGUAGCACGAUUCAUCUUAAAUUUAAUGCAUUUGCUCAGGAAUUUGUGCUGGAGCUAGCGGCAAAUGAGGAGCUCACGGCACCUGGAUUUAAGGUGCAGCGCCGAAAGGAUGGCAAAACGACAGUGGAAGAGUACAUUCCGGAAAUGGAUAGUUGUCACUACCAUGGCAGGUUAACCUCUCACAAGGAUUCAUCGGCAGCAGUUAGUCUCUGUGAUGGCAUGGUAAGUGGAAAUGCUCCUUUUAUUUGUUUUUCAACCUCUUUAAUAACAUGUUAUUUGGCCUUCUUCAACAACCAAAGUUUGGAACCAGAUUGA